AUGAAGGAUAUUAUCGAACAAAACAACCAUUCAUUGUGUAGCUGGGACCGUUGGGAUUGCAAUCAGAGUAAGAUCUUCAAAGAGCUAAAAAUACACCUAAAAAUACACACAGGAGAGAAGCCUUACUCCUGCUCUGACUGUGGAAAAUGUUUUAAAACAUUAGGUUAUAUAAAGGUUCACCAGAGAACACACACAGGAGAGAAGCCUUACGUCUGCUCUGACUGUGGAAAAUGCUUCACAAUAUCAACUCAUCUAAAAGCUCAUCAGAGAACACACACAGGAGAGAAGCCUUACGUCUGCUCUGACUGUGGUAUAUGUUUUAAAACAUUAGGUUAUAUAAAGGUUCACCAGAGAACACACACAGGAGAGAAGCCUUUCUUCUGCUCUGACUGUGGGGCGAGUUUCUCUCAGCUGGGCACCUUAAAAACACACCAACGUAUACACACAGGAGUGAAGCCUUAUUCCUGCUCUGACUGUGGAAAAUGCUUCAAAACAUCAAAUGAGCUAAAAGUUCACCAGAGAACACACACAGGAGAGAAGCCUUACUUCUGCUCUGACUGUGGAAACUGUUUUCGAACAUUAUAUGAGAUACAAGUUCAUCAGAGAACACACACAGGAGAGAAGCCUUACGUCUGCUCUGACUGUGUAAAGUGCUUCAAAACAUCAAAUGAGCUAAAAGUUCACCAGAGAACACACACAGGAGAGAAGCCUUAUUCCUGCUCUGACUGUGGAAAAUGUUUUCGAACAUUAUAUGAGAUAAAAGUUCACCAGAAAACACACACAGGAGAGAUGCCUUAUUCCUGCUCUGACUGUGGAAAACGUUUUAAAACAUCAAAUGAGCUAAAGGUUCAUCAGAGAACACACACAGGAGAGAAGCCUUUCUUCUGCUCUGACUGUGGGGCGAGUUUCUCUCAGCUGGGCACCUUAAAAACACACCAACGUAUACACACAGGAGCGAAGCCUUAUUCCUGCUCUGACUGUGGAAAAUAUUUUAAAACAUCAAAUGAGCUAAAAGUACAUCAGAGAACACACACAGGAGAGAAGCCUUACGUCUGCUCUGACUGUGGGAAGAGUUUCUCUCACCAGGGCAACUUAAAAACACACCAACGUAUACAUUAACUUCAUGUGGGUACCUGGGACGGUUGCCUCCCACCUGGUCAACAUCCGGUGAAAUUGCAGAGUGACCAAUUCAAAUUGAAUUACUAUAAAUAUUUACAUUUCAUGAAAUCACAAGUGUAAUACAUCAAAAUAAAGCUUAACUUGUUGUUAAUCUAGCCGCCAUGUCAGAUUUCAAAAAGGCUUUAAGGCGAAAGCAAACCAUGCGAUUAUCUGAGGACGGCGCUCAGCACACAAAACAUUACAUACAGUUACCAGCCAAGUAGACUAGUCACGAAAGUCAGAAAUAUGAUGAUCUUCAUAUGGUUGCACUCACAACACUCCCAGUUACACAAUAAAUGUUCAUUUUGUUCGAUAAAGUCCCUCUUUAUAUCUUGAAACCUCCAUUUUGUUGGCACAUUUUGUUCUGUAAUCCAAUGGCUCAAAUGCGGUCACAAGAGCAGACGCAAAUUCCAAAUAGUAUCCGUAAAGUUUGUAGAAACAUGUAAAACGAUGUUUAUAAUCAAUCCUCAGGUUGUUUUUAGCCUAAAUAAUCGAUAAUAUUUCAACUGGCAACAGCGUCGUCAAUAUAGAAGAAAAACAAGAAAGGUGCUCUCUGCAGGACCCAGCCCUGGGGACAUCCCACUAUCCACUGACUCAAUGUGGUCAUUCUCCCUCAUUUUUCAGAAUACAAGCCUGAAACAAUGUCUAAAGACUGUUCACAUCUAGUGUUAGCCAUAGGGAACGGAAUCUGGGUCUUAUCCCUUUAAAUGGUGGAUAGGCUUUCAUUGGAAAAACAGCCAUUUCAAAAUAAUGGCACUUCCUGGAUGGAUUUUCCUCAUGUUUUUGCCUGCCUUUUCAGUUCUGUUAUACUCACAGACAAUAUUUUUUAAGUUUUAGAAACUUUGGAGUGUUGUCUUUCCAAUUCUACUAAUUGUAUGCAUUUCCUAGCUUCUGGUCCUUCUGGAACGCUUUUAAUCUGGAGGUGAAAAUAGUGACCCCUACCCUAGUGAGGUUAAGGAGAAAAGCCUCAUCGGUUCUCUGACCAGCUAAGAAUAAAGUCACUCCAUCACUUAAUUCUCAUCUCAUAAAAGAAGUUGUAAUUGGAUCAAAUGAAGAAAGCGGAGAACACUGUAAUCCUAUUGGUUCUCACUGUGAGAGAACUGUGCAGAGGAAAGGGAGCGUUAUAGAAUGUUAGCCUCUCUUUACUGAUCAGUGUGCACCUUGUCAGUUUUGGUGUGUUUUGUUGGCUUCUACUGUAAAGAUUUGCACUUGGUGUUGAAUACCCUCUGUUAUUCUUCUCAUUUUGAAAACAAACACUAGUCUGCCAAUUAACGUUACUUUAUCUGUGGGUGGUACUGCUUCCCUCUCAGCCUGGCCUGACUCUGUCUUUAGGGAGAGUUUCAACUUGGCAGUUUACACGUAGGAGAGAAGCCUUACUCCUGCUCUGUGGAAGGGUGGGCGUGUAAACUCAAACGUCAUGCCAGAGGUUGAGUGUUUGAAUCUCAUCACGGGAGGACUUUAGCAUUUUAGCUAAUUACCAACUUGGCAACUACUUACUACUUCUUAGCUAUUACUUAGCAUGUUAGCUACCCAUUCUCCUAAACCCAUUUAACUCUAUCUUAAACCCCUCACACCUAACCAAGGUAACGUCAGCAACAACAAAUUGGAAUUCGUAACAUAUCAUACAUAUUACAAGUUCGUAACAUAUUGUAUGAAUAGCAAUGCGUAAAAUAACAUACGAAUUGUAAUUCUUAACAUACGAUACGUCCUACAAGUCGUAUUAUACUGAACAACAAUCUAAACGUAACAAUUUCAAAGAUUUACAGUUUGUAUAAGGAAAUCAGUCAAUUGAAAUAAAUGAGGCCCUAAUCUAUGUUAGGUUACAUUACAUUGGACCUCCAAUAUAAACUAAACAUGUAAAGUGUUGGUUUCAUGAGCUGAAAUAAAAAGAUCCAGCACAAAAAGCUAAUGUCUCUCAAAUGUUGUGCACAACUUUGUUUAUAUAUACUGUUAGUGAGCAUUUCAGCCUUUGUCAAGAUAAUCCAUCCACCUGACAGGUGUGGCAUAUCAAGAUGCUGAUAAAACAGCAUGGUCAUUACACAGGUGCACCUUGUGCUGGGGGACAAUAAAAGGCCACACAACACAAUAUCACAGAUGUCUCAAGUUCAGGGAAUGUGCAAUUCUCAUGAUGACUGCAGGAAUGUCCACCAGAGCUGUUGCCAGAGAACUCAAUAUUUAUAUCUCUACCAUUAGCCACCUCUAACGUCCUUUUAGAGAAUUUGGCAGUACAUCCAACCGGCCUCACAACUGCAGAUCACAUGUAACCAUGGCAGCCCAGGACCUCUUCACCUGCAGGAUUGUCUGAGGUGGUGGGGGGAGGGGCAGAGUAGUAUUUCUAUCUGUAAUCAGAUGGCUCCCAAGUGGGCCUAUGCCUUCCCAAGUCCCACCCAUGGCUGAGCCCCUGCCCUGUCAUGUGAAAUCCAUACUAAAUGGAGUGGCACGGAUGUUUUUGUAAUAUAUAAUACGUUUUGCUCUGAGACCAGGUUGUCCCUCUGCAGUAUUCUGUGGGAAGGAGCUAGUAGACACUUUUUUUUAUUGAACCUUUAUUUAACUAGGCAAGUCAGUUAAGAACAAAAUCUUAUUUACAAUGAUGGCCUAGGAACAGUGGGUUAACUGCCUUGUUCAGAGGCAGAACAACAGAUUUUUACCUUGUCAGCUCGGGGAUUUGAUCUAGCAACCUUUUGGUUACUGGCCCAAUGCUCUAACCACAAGUCUACCUUCCGCCCCAAACAUGUAUCUGAUAGAGAUGGUGUGAUGAUCACUUUUCACCACUAGUUUGGGGGGGGGGGUUUACAACUUUAUUUAAUGAUACACAGUUUAUGAAAUAAAUACAUGUGUUUAUUAAUUGUCUUUAAAACUAGAUGAGUUAUUUUAGUUACUGAUCAUGAAUGUGUUUGGAUAACUGCAUUGAUGCAAACUUUAUUGAUCUGCCAAUGAAAAAUAAAGUUACAUGAAUAUGUACUGGUCAACCUCUUCUUCUCUUUAGUAUUCAGUUCUUCAUAUUAGAUCUGACAGUAUGAAUGGUUCUUAUGGUUGUAUUCAGUUCUUCAUAUUAGAUCUGACAGUAUGAAUGGUUCUUAUGGUUGUAUUCAGUUCUUCAUAUUAGAUCUGACAGUAUGAAUGGUUCUUAUGGUUGUAUUCAGUUCUUCAUAUUAGAUCUGACAGUAUGAAUGGUUCUUAUGGGCUGAGUGCCUGGAGUGUUUUUGUAUGACUACAGUCAGGAGUUCUCUCUGACCCUGUGACUUCACCAGCACAUUAAGUACAUUCGUCUUAAGAUAGCCAGGUGAGACAACCACAUGUCACAGUAAACACAUUUCUCCUCAAUUAGUCAUUGUCACAUUAUUAUUAUUAUUAUUUGUGGGUUUUUUUAGGGGGGGGGGGGGUACUCUUUAAAGACGUAGGUGUUUCAGACCAUUUCGGGCAGUUGGGCAGAGACUCUGCUUCACUGACAUCAGAGGGAUAAAGUGUGAAAAAAAUGAUCUGUUUGCAAACAAUGUAAAAAAAAACAUUUAUAAUUGAGUUAUUAAUAAAGCCACAUUCAAAAAUGG